CUCUUGCGCUGUCCCGCCUUCCACCCCCCCCACAAACUGUGCGCCUUUCAGGUUGCCCUACCCUACUGUGUUUCCUUUUCGCCGUUAUCGCUGUCAAUUCGGCUUCCCUUGCUUGUUUUAGGUGUUUUUUUGGCCCUCCUGGACAUCCUCUCCCACGAUAUAGACGAUAUAGGGGCAUUCGCUGCGUAACCGCUGCAGCUCCCCGGGACCCCUUCCCAUCGCUCCUUUUUCCUGCUCCAAGUAGUCCGAGGUUAGGCCAGCUCACCUUAGCUCCUCCCGCCCCGCCCGUUUUGUUGCGAAAUUCCUUCCCCCCUUCGAUACCAUGGAGCCUGCUUCCAAACGGAGGAGGCUGGCCCCGAAAGUCCCCGAUCCUCCGGCCUUGCCGUCUCUUCCGCCGACACCACAGACUCAAGCUCAGCCUCCUCCGGCACAUAGCUUCCCCCAGGAUCAGGUACCACCGCAGCACUUUGCGCCUCCCGAGACAAUUGCGCGUCUGCCAGAGCGCGACGAGUUCGAGGCAUUUGCCCGCCAUCUCCAGGAUGCCGCCAUACACAUCCAGCAGCAAACGCUGAAGCCAAAACACACCAGCGUAUCGGUGCUCAUGUUACGGUGGGAGGAGGACACGUCGGUGGAGCAGGACCUCGUGGCUCUUGAGAGGGUGUUCCGGGAUCGCUACCACUACCACACGGACAAAUGGGCCAUCCCUACUGUGCCGAACCCCAGUAUCAAGCUUGGCGUCCAGAUGGCGUCCUUCCUGGAGAAUGCGCGCCCGGACCACCUCCUGAUCAUAUACUAUGCUGGCCACGGCUAUGUAGGGCCUGAUAACCAGCUGUACUGGGCUUGCAACACGCGGGAGGAUGCGGCCAAGCUGAAGUGGGAUGGCGUCCGCUGCCUGUUUGAGGAUGCGCAGUCCGAAAUCCUGCUCCUGGUUGACUCGUGUGCCGUCCGCGAUGCGCCCCUGGCCGGCAGCCACGGCGCGAAGCAAGCCAUCGCUGCCUAUACCCCCGAGCAGACCCAAUUCGAUCCUGGGCCCCGCUCUUUCACUGCCUCCUUGGCCGACACGCUCCAUAAGCUGAGCACGUCGGGCCGUCCCUUUAGCGUCCAGAGGCUGUACGACGAUCUCCGGCAACAGAGGCAGCAGGACACUGCCCAGGCAUUGGCCAGAUUAUCCAAUGGGGCUGUCAAGCCCACCCCGCCGCCGGAGAGAUCGCCUGCUUUUUUCACCCUCACGCCUGCGAAAGGCCAGGGCAUAAUCCUGGUUCCUUUGGACCCGAGGGCUGCUCAGCUCCAGUCGCCGCCUCAGUCGGCCGAUGUGGAUGCGCAGGGUGCGUGGAGGUCGGGCACCGAGGAUCAGUCGCUUAGGCCGGAAGAGAUCACCGAUUUGACUCUGGACGAACCGAGGGUGCUGGUAUGUACAACGUUCGUUGGCGACGCCAGUCCUGACAUGGCUUUCUUCCAUCAAUGGCUCCACAAUACGCCGCCUGCAGCAUCCAAAAUCACGGUUGAGGGCAUGUUUCUAGGGCCUCCCACCAUGCUUCUCAUCUCCAUGCCCCACCACGUUUGGAACGUGGUGCAGCAUGACAAGGUCUGCUGCUUUCUUGGGUAUAUCAGCUCCCACAACAUGAUUCACCUCUACCAGCGGCUCGUCAGCUCGGCCGCCAAUGGUUCAACUCUGGCGGUCAAAGACGCCGAAAACAAGGGAAGCCCGUUGAUGGCUCGGCGUGAGCACGCCGACCACUGCACUUAUAUUCGAAACGAAACGCCGGCGAGGCACGGAAGCCAUCAACCUCACACGUCUGUGUCCGCCGUGCCCGCCAGCGUAUCCCGAGAAAGCCCGGUUGAAACGCCCGCCGCAGGAGCCAAGCAUGAGGUUGAGGAUUCGGCAGAGAUGCAGGAGGCAGCAGAACAGCUCAAGGCGCUGAGCCAUGUCCGCCACAUGAGUGAUGACACGCCGGCACCGCUGGACCGUCAGACAACGCGGGUGGGAGACAGCAUUGCUGUCAGGCACGCCGGUGAUCCUGGUUCUCCGCUCGAAGCCGCGGAGCCGGGCAUGGAUGGGAGUUUGUACGGUGCAGAAUACGGCACGCCCUCUGCCAAGCCCAAGGCCAGGAGGCCGCUGCAGAAGCAAACUCCCAAGCAAGAAGUCCGCUGCAACCAUUGCAGCCACGCGCCCUUCAAAGACUCAUCCUCGCUCCGCAAGCACAUCGCGGCGGCGCACACGAGGCCGUUUCCCUGCGCCUUUUUGUUUGCGGGUUGCACGAGCACGUUCGGAUCCAAAAAUGAAUGGAAGCGGCACAUCUCCUCACAGCAUUUGUGUCUGCAGUACUACCGGUGCUCGUCUUGCCCGCAGACCAGCACGGCCGACGGCGGUAAGGGCAACGAGUUCAACCGCAAGGAUCUGUUCACUCAGCACCUCCGCCGCAUGCACGCGCCUUUCGCCAUCAAAAAGGCUCUUAAUAAGGGGGAAGGCAGCAAACUCCAGGCCGACUGGGAGCUGCACGUAAAGGAGAUGCAGACGCAGUGUUUGGUGGUUAGACGCCAGCCCCCGCAGCGCUCGGCUUGUCCAAAGCCGGAUUGUCAAAGUGUUUUUGAGGGUCCUGGUUCGUGGGAUGAGUGGACUGAGCAUGUGGGCAGGCAUAUGGAGAAGGGCGAGGCGCAGCGGAUGGGGGUGGAUAGGUUGCUGGCGAAAUGGGCGCUGGAGGAGGGGAUUAUUGAACGACAGGAUGAUGGGGAGUAUAGGCUUGUUGGAGGAGCGAAUGGGAAUGGGUCGGGCGGGGGAGGAGAGGAGAGGGGAAGUGGGAGAGAAGUGAACGGUAGUGGUGGUUCUGGUGGAAGUGGUGGCGGUGAUGGCAAUAGUAAGUUCCUCGUGGAAGACGGUGGGAAGUUGGAGGAGGAUGAGGACCCGUCUACCAACACGUCUAUCACGGUUGCUGUGCCGGUGCAGGUAUCGGCGGGUGAGGGGAUGGAUGUGGAUUGAUAUGCCUAUCAAGGACGAGUGAUGUUGCCGGUGAAGAAGGAGACGACUGGCGUCUGCUGGUGUUGUCGGUUGUCGGCCGGAUUUGUUUUGCUCCCAGGGAUGAGCAUGGCUUUACCAAGGUAUACGUUAUGGAAAAGCUGGCGUUCUAGGAUGGGGGUUAUAUAUAUACACACGACUUGACGACGACACCUUGCUGAUUCGGUUGGGACGGGAGGUUUGGCUGACCGUUUUUGCAUAUGGUCUUGGGGGAAAGGUGUUGGUUUUGCGUUUGUCUUGCAUGGGCUUUGGAUAUUGGAUAGGCAGGUAAGCAGGUAUCAAUCGAAUUUGAGCGUCCUUCGAACGGUUUGGUGUCGUCCUGAUGUGGUGCAAGUACCUGUUUUCUCGCGGACCUGA